AUGUCGGAUCCAGAGAAGUCCCACGGGAAGUUGAAGAAAUUAGUACAUGCGGUUAAUCCUUCCAAGUUAUUUAAAGAGAAACCGGAGCCUCAUCAGACAGUCAGUAAAUUGCAUAAUGUACCAUUGAAAGUUGAGGCAUCUUUACCAAUGCACGAGGUUCAUUUUCCCAAAUCCCCAAAACAUUCUCCACAGGAAGGCAGGAGCAGUUCUCUCGGAAGGCGGAGUUCAAUAAGUGCUGCUAACUUCAAGCAUUCCGCCGCUGGUCAUAAGAACAUACCCAAACCGCAUAAUAAUCUGGCUAGACCUCAUAAUAAGUCAUUUUCGGGACUACCUCCCUAUAAAAUUGAAUACAACCCCUAUGGAAUUUAUAACUAUCACCCAAUCGAUACGUUAGGUAGUGCGUUUGCCAAUGGGAAGAAGCAAGAUGAACAUCUUUUGAAAUUAACUAACCCCUUAUCCGAUCCGAAUGAUUUUUUACCUGACGACUACAAACAAGAUAUCACUACUUUGGAGUCGAAGUACACUUUACUUGAUGAAGAGGUAGGUUCCGGGGGUUCGGCCACGGUGAGAAAAGUAGCUUUAAAAGAAGAAGGCCUCAACUCUCCAAUAUAUGCUUUGAAGAAAUUCUCGAUAUAUUCGGGAGAAACAAAUAAAGAUUAUUAUAAUCGUGUUACAUUUGAGUUUUUAAUUACCAAAGGAUUUUCAAAUUUGCAUUGUAUUAAAGCUUAUGAUUUGUUACAGCUACCUGCGACUUUACAGAACGCGUGGGGAAUGACAAUGGAUUACUAUGAAUAUGAUUUGUAUAAACUAAUAAAGUCUCCCGAAUGGAGCUUAAGUGCCUCAACAAAUGAGAAAUUAUGCAUUUUCAAACAAGUCUGUUUUGGUCUAAAAUAUAUGCAUGAACACGAUAUCGUUCAUUUAGACCUAAAACCAGAAAACAUAUUGGUCAGCAAAAAUGGUUUAAUGAAACUAACAGAUUUUGGUUGUUCAGAAUUUGGACACGUGGAGCACGGUAAUUUCAAAAGCCCCAUACUAAUGAGGACGGAAAGAUUGGGAACUCCUCCUUACCAACCUCCCGAAGUUGCCAAGUAUCAUUUAAUCAAUAAAGAGUCAAGAGUACCCUUCUGUCCUUUCAAAUUUGAUUAUUGGUCUAUGGGAAUACUGUUGUAUCUACUAAUCAAUGGGAAACUGCCAUUUAAACAAUCUAAAGAGACAGAUUUAGCAUACAAAGCAUUUAUACGUGAAUAUAUGGAAAUACUGGAGAUCAAUCCUGCAUUUGCAUCUGAUAUUUCUUUGAAAUUACCCAAGGUGGGGAUGUUCUCGGAUCCACACGGUAAGGAUGCAGCUGUGCUCUACUUAUUUUGGAGAUUAUGCGAUCCCAAUGCGAAAACUAGAAUGACUUUACCCAAACUCUUUGCUAAUAAAACUUUUCAGAAGAUGGAAAUGUGUGUAGAUGAAAAACUUUAUCAAUCAAAUUUCCAUCAUCACAAGGGUCAAGAAAAACUGUCAUUUAAAAUUGAUCACACUUCGAAUACUGAAGUGACAGAACAAUUGGAAGUAAGACAUAGUAAAUGGGAUGAGAUCCCUACUAUACCAGGAGAAUCAGCAAAAGACAAUUCUUUUGCUCACAGAAAAACAGAGAAAAUGAAUCCUUAUCGUGUAAGAAAAGACAGAAAGUAUGACUCUUUAACUACAGGGAAUAUAAUGCACCAGAUGGCGGGACAGUCUUAUCUUGAAAAUUCGGAUAGUGAUGAACCCACUGACGAUGAAAUGUCACCAAGUUCGGAACCAUCUCUCCAUGCCACAACAUCAAAUACGGACCGUAGAUCUAGAGUUCCGGCACGUGAACUAUCUAGUAAGCCAAUAGUCCAUCCACCUCUGCAGCCUGUAUUUGAUAGUCAUGACUAUUCUAAUAAGGCAACAGAGUACAUGAUUGUCGAUUUGGAAGAUAUACUUGAAGCAUGCAACUAUCAAGUCGUACCACAUAAACACAAUAUGCUAUACAAAGUUGGAAGAUCAAGGAGAAACACCACUCUUAGGUAG